AUUUUUGUUUACUUGUGGUAAAAUUUGUAAGAACUUUAAAAAUAAUUAUAAAUAAUGGCUGGCGAAGUUAUUGUGGAUGCAUUGCCCUAUAUAGAUCAUGGAUAUGAUGAUGUCGGCGUCAGGGAGUCGGCCCUUGCCAUGGUGGAGGAGGAAUGCCGUCGGUAUCGCCCCACCAAGAACUACCUGGAUCACCUGCCCCUUCCCGCCACCUCGCCAUUUGAGACUCCUCUGAUGGUCAAUGAGUUCGAGCGGAUCCAGAACCGACUGCCCAUGGAGACACUCUCGAUGAAGCGCUAUGAACUCCCGCCGCCACCGUCUGGAAAGCUUUCCGAGGUGUCCGCCUGGCAGGAGGCCAUCGAGAACUCUAUGGCUCAACUGGAGCACCAGUGGGUGAGAUCCCUCAACCUGGAACUGAUGCUCGACUACGGCACGGAGGCGUGGAAGUCCUACCUGGAGGUCUUUACCGCCAUGCAAGCGAAGGCGCAGCUGCAGCUGCAGCAGCUGAAGAAGGACAUCCAGGACGUCAACUGGCAGCGCAAACAGGCGCAGACGCAGGCCGGCGAGAGAUUGCGUUCCUUGGAGGCCCACUGGGUGCUGCUGGUGUCCAAGAACUACGAAAUAGAGACGGAGUGCGUCGAGCUGGAGAAGCUCGUCCACGCCGCCCGUCAGAAGCUACAGAGCGUGGCUCCUGAACCCAGUGCCAAUGACACUGCUCCCACGCCGGAGCAUACGAAUGGAUUUGACCAGGAAGAUUUGGUCGAGAGCAAUGGCAGCAGUUCCAGCAAUAGUAACAGCAAUCCAGAGCAAGAGGGCGAAGGUGCUGCAGUUGCAGAUGUAGUAAAUGAGGAGGAGAAAGUGGAGGCCCAGGAUGAAUCCUCUAAUGAAUCAACGUAAAUGUAGGCUAUUUACUGAGUCCUGAUAACAAGUAACAUGAGUAUUGACGAUUGUAACUUAAUAAAUAAGAUUAAAUAUGGCA